AUGACUAAAAUUUCGACAUUGUUGUCCGCUGUCUUCUUGGCCAUCGGAGGCUUCCUCUUCGGCUAUGACAGCGGUAUUGUCACCUCGACCAUCGCCCAGACCGAGUUCAUCAAGUAUUUCUCCAACCCUAAUGACACUGUCACGGGUGGUGUCGUCUCCGCCUUCCAGGGUGGCGCCAUCUUAGGCACCAUCAUCAACAUGUUUACCGGCGACAGAUUGGGCCGCAAGCUGUCUGUCUUCGCCGGAGCUUGCAUCUCCGUGUUCGGAUGUGCGUUGCAGGCGGGCGCCGUCAACAUGACCAUGCUCAUCAUCGGCCGGUUCAUCGCCGGAGCCGCCGUGGGCAUGCUGACAUCCACCGUGCCUAUGUACGCCGGUGAGAUGGCCGAGGCGCAGACCCGCGGCAUGAUGUCCGGUCUGCUGCAGUGGAUGUUGAGCUGGGGAUAUCUGGUGGCGCAGUGGUUGGGCUAUGGAUGCUCUUUUAACAACACCGCUUUCCAAUGGCGCUUUCCACUUGCUUUUCAAUGCGUUCCCGGCAUAGUCCUCAUGGGCGGUGUGUGGUUCCUCCAAGAAUCCCCGCGGUGGCUCAUGGAGCAAGACCGCCACGAAGAAGCACUCGCAACUCUCCACAAACUCCAUGGCGACGGCACCCCCGAGAAAACCAGCUAUAUUGAGCUCGAAUACCGGGAAAUCCGGGACACGAUUGAGGCGGAACGUGCCCACAACUCCAUCACAUGGACAUCUAUCCUGACCAAGCCCUCCUGGCGGCGUCGCCUCAUUCUAGGUUGCGGUGUACAAGCCUUUGGUCCUCUAUCAGGGAUUAAUGUAAUUAACUAUUACGCCUCCAAAAUUUACGGGGAGUUGGGCAUUGAUACGCGCACUACGCUCAUGAUUGUUGGCAUCUCCGGGGCGCUGUCGAUUGUCUACGCAACCAUCGGUCUGUGGGCCCUCGAACGGGUCGGCCGCAUCAAGCCUCUCAUCUUCUCUGCCGCCGGCAUGGCGGCAGCCUUGGUGUGUAAUGCGGCAAUGUCGCAGCACUGGGACGAGAACAACGCCAACCAGCUCCGCGCCAUGGUGGCCAUGAACUUUGUCUUCAGUUUCUUUUACACUGCCCCCGGAAUCAUAUCAUGGGUGUACCCUGCCGAGAUCUUCCCUGUGGACAUCCGCAACCAAGGCAACAGUUUGACCACAUUUACCAAUUGGACCAUCAACUUGAUAUUUGCGCAAUUCUCGCCCACCGCGCUGACGAACAUCGGAUUCCGGUACUUCUACGUCUUCUUCGUGUUCAACCUUAUCGCCAUGAUCUGCUAUAUCUUCUUCUUCCCGGAGACAAAGGGGAAGACGCUGGAGCAGAUGGAUGCGUUGUUUGGAGACGAUCUUCCUGCGGUUGGGUGGGAGAAAGAAGAGAAGGGCCCUGAAGCAGUGGCUGUUGAGGAUACGUCCAGGGAGUAG